AUGAGAUUGUUCAGCAUAGUUGCUUCUACGAGCCUCGUGCUUAUCCAAACGACGGCAAACCCUACCGCUGCCAAGAGCGCUAAUCAUGGCAAUAUACUUAGCUACAGUACCCCAGAGUCCGUAGGUAUGGAUCCUCUGCCUCUGCAGCAGAUGAUCGCCAAUUUGACAGCAUACACCACCCCGGCCGACUACGGCAGGUUCUCUUUCGAUGCGAUUAAUCCAAUCGAGCCCGGUGGAACUGUUCUUGUCGGCCACAAGAAUACCAUUGUCAGCGCCUUUGCGUUCGGCAAGAAGAAUCUGUAUGCGGACGCCAAUGGCACGUUGCUGCCGCCUCAUCUACAGGAGGCGGCCGACCUCGAUACCAUUUACGACCUGGCCAGCCUGACUAAGAUGUACAUCACCGUUGCGACUUUACGAGAGAUAGACUCAGGAACGUUGCAAUUGAAUGAGACGGUGACGAGAUACGUGCCUGAGUUCGCCGUAAAUGGCAAGUCAAACAUUACCAUCCUAAUGCUGCUUACCCACACGAGCGGCUUCGCUUCCGAUCCUGUGCCCUCUUUGUUUUCUGAGAUAUACCCGACAUAUGAAGAGAAGAUAAAGGCCAUUGUCACCCAAGGGCUGACAAAUCCACCGGGAAGCAAGUUCCGGUACUCCGACCUGAACUUCAUGUCCUUGAUGGUUAUACUCGAGAGAAUAACAAACCGGCCCCUCGAUCAACUGGUAGCAGAAUUCACCUCCCUCCUAGGUAUGCAGAACACAUUUUUCAAUCGAGGCAAUGUGGAGGGCCCGAAAAAUCCGUUUUACUGGCAGUCAGCGCCACAGGAGUUUCAAAUAGAAGUUCUCGGCGAUGGCGAGCCCCAGCGACCCCAGCCUGUGCGAGGGAGCGUUCACGACGAGAACGCGUGGCCUUUAAAUGGGCAGGCAAUCGAUCGAACAUCAGAUCCUCGUUAA